ACAUCGCGCACUGUAAUGACCAAAAGAAGAGCAAGCGGAAGCCACUCUCUAACAGUCCUGUUACCCAGACAGAAAAUGAGUGGAAUUCGCAUCUAAUUGUCGCUUUUGGCUGCUGGGAAUCAUCUGUCACGUCUGUUUGAACGUGGCGUUAGCAUAACAAUACAAUUCAAAGGUGUGGCGACAUGGACGUCAGCAUCGCUGUCUCGUUGAUCCGAGGCCAGAUGGGCGCUGUUGUGGAGCGGGCGGUGAACGGAGCCGUGGAGACGGUGCUGGCCGAGAUGCUAAAGGUGGUGGGGGUGAAAUUCGAGGAGCUGAAGGCACAGCUUGCGCACAUGAAGCGUGACGUGGCGACGCUGCAGCGAGAGAAGGCCCUGAAGGAAAAGGAGAAUGACAAUGUCCGAGCCAAGCUGCGCUACACCGAGCUGAAACUGAAGUACUACAGGCAGGGCGUAGAGGAGGAGCUGCAGCACCGAGCCUCCAGCACCUCUCUGGUACGGAGCCACCAGACCAAAUGCUCUCCGGCACAGGCAGCUGGGGCCAGUGUCUCCUCAACAGGAGCUUCACCGUCGUGCUCCUCUCAGACCUCCACAGCCACAGCAGAUGAUCCAACAACAAGCAAUCAAGAAUCUCCUCAGUACAUAAAUCAGCAUUGCAUCAGCUCAUGCGGCCACUCAGACGUGGAAGUGGUUAGUUGUGAACCCACGGACUGCGUGUUGGCGGUCUCAGUCCCCAUGAGCACAGAAUGUCUGGAAAAUUCUGCUCUGCUCUGUCACACGGACCAAAAUGUUGCUCUGCGCACUGGCGACGGAGAUCAGGAGGGCAACUGGAAUGCCACUGUGCAUCCAUGCAUGGAUGGCACUGACACCAUUAUGUCCCCGCCUCCUCUCCCAACCCACGACGCUGUCCAGCAGUCUGCCACCUCCCGUCCAUCCCCUCAUGGCUCACCACAGGCGGAUAGCUCUACCCUGGCCAUCUCGACAACACAGGUGAAAAUGGAAGAGGAGGAUCACCAGGUGAUCUGCAUCAAGGGGGAGCCGGAGGAGGAGCAGGAAGUGAUGUCGUGCCUACUGCUUGACAGUCAGAUGAACCGCAGCCACCUGGUCCAGUCAGAGGUUGCGAUGUCUGCGACCGAGUGGUCAGGGCUUCAGGCCACCCAGAGAAAAUGCUCCUCUGGCUUCAGCUCAGCUGGACCAAGCUCCUCCUAUGCCACGCCUCAGACAGCCUUUCCCGCCAUUGCCCCGCUGCCUCCAGGCACAGCACGCCAGAUGGUGCACGAUCCAUGGACCAAAGACUUCAGGUUGUACGAAGAGUACAAAAUGCGGCGCAACGAGUUACGCCGGCGAAGCCUCAAUCGACGGCGAGAGCUGGAAAAAACGCUGCCUCAGCCUCUGCUGGCUGAUCUGGUCAGUACGGGAGCGGCGAGAAAAGACCAGACUGAGGGUGGCCAGAUGGCGGGCAAAGAGGAAACUGCAGGCUUGUCUCAACCAAGUUCAGACUCAAGGUGGCACAGUGGCUCUUUCCCAGGAUGGUUUCCCCAUCAGUGGUCCUCACCAACACAAAGCACCUUGUGCGUCCACUUCCGGUCCUCUCAACAAUGCUGUCACCACCUUCCCCUUCGUCACGCCGCCAUCGUCGUCUUCCCUGUUUCUGAGGGGCCCCAAUAUGGCCGCCCAGGUCAAUCAGCAUGCGUUGUCAUCGCCGCGUUCUGCUUCCUACCCGCAGGUCAGCCUAACACAGCAGAGCAUGUCUUUGACGGACGCCAAUGGCGACUCAUGAGAAUCCAGGCUGGACUACCAUUGUUUGCCUGGCAUUGGCACCACUGUUGCAAGUUUUUUUCUCCACAGCUUACCCUCCAGAUAAGCAAAAUUCCACUGAUUAGCUGUAGUAAGACUUGCCAGUUGAUUACGAUUGGACUCAUCUACAGCUACGUGGCAGCUUGUUUGUGCAGUCACAAUUGAGACAGUGCGGUGAAAGGUGUGUGCAGCUCCCAAUAAGUCAGUACUAUCAAUAUCUGCAAACAGAAGGCUAGCAUAGUAGGAAUUAAGAGGAUUUGUGCUGGCUUUUCUCUUAACCUUCUAACCGUGCGCAUACCGUUUUUUUUAGUUUUCAAACCUUGUAACUAUUCCAUCUUAGCGUUUUAUUUACAUAGGUAUAUAUUUCCUUUGUUCAAAAACUGAAAUCAGUUUUGGUUUCCGCACAGAAAAAUUUAAAACAGCUGUCAGACCGAACUCAACAAAAAUUGGCUUCCCCAUUGACGAGUGAAAGAAGUAGUAAAGCUUUAAAAUGGGGUACAGCUUAGUUUAAAAACUACAGGGAAUAUAUAUGAUUUUAAAAUGAAGUAAAUUUAAGUUACAAACAGUCCAUGGUAUAAAUAUGGUUUUUAAAAGGAAUUAACUGCAUGAAUACAGAUUAGAAGAAUCCAUCCAUCCAUUUUCUACCGCUUAUCCGAGGUCGGGUCAAGGGGGCAGUAGCUUUAGCAGGGACGCCCAGACUUCCCUCUCCCCCGCCACUUCAUACAGCUCUUCCGGGGGCAUCCCGAGGUGUUCCCAGGCCAGCCGAAGGACGCAGUCUCUCCAGCGUGUCCUGGGUCGUCCCCGGGUUCUCCUCCCGGUGGGACGUGCCCGGAACACCUCACCGGGGAGGCGUCCGAAUCAGAUGCCCCAGCCAACUCAUCUGGCUCCUCUCGAUGUGAAGGAGCAGCGGCUCUACUCUCAGAUCCUCCCAGAUGACCGAGCUUCUCACCCUAUCUCUAAGGGAGAGCCCGGACACUCUGCGGAGGAAACUCAUUUUGGCUGCUUGUAUCCGGGAUCUCGUUCUUUGAGGGUAGGAACAUAGAUCGACCAGUAAAUCGAGAGCUUUGCCUAUCACAAUACGUUUGAGUCUGCCACGUCGGACCGGCAUUUUCCCCCACCAUCGGAGCCAACUCACCACCAGGUGGUGAUCAGUUGACAGCACCGCCCCUCUCUUCACCCGAGUGUCCAAGACAUGCGGCCGCAAGUCCGAUGACAGGACCACAAAGUCGAUCAUCGAACUGCGGCCUAGCUCGUGACCAUAGGUGAGGGUAGGAACGUAGAUCGACCGGUAAAUCGAGAGCUUAGCCUUUUGGCUUAGCUCCUUUACCACAACGUAUUAGUACAAAGUCUGCACCGAGCCGCCUGCCAAUCUCCCGUUCCAUUCUUCCCUCACUCGUGAACAAGACCCCAAGAUACUCCUCCACUUGGGGCAGGAUCUCAUCCCCGACCUGGAGAGGGCACGCCACCCUUUUCCGACUGAGGACCAUGGUCUCAGAUUUGGAGGUUCUGAUUCUCAUCCCAGCCGCUUCACACUCUGCUGCAAACUGCUCCAGUGAGAGUUGGAGGUCACGGCUUGAUGAAGCCAACAGAACCACAUCAUCAGCUAAAAGCAGAGAUGCAAUACUGAGGCCACCAAACCGGACCCCCUCUACGCCUCGGCUCCGCCUAGAAAUUCUGUCCAUAAAAGUUAUGAACAGAAUCGGUGACAAAGGGCAGCCUUGGCGGAGUCCAACCCUCACCGGAAACGAGUCCGACUUACUGCCAGAUAGGCGGACCAAACUCUGACUCCGGUCGUACAGCCCGUAUCGGGGGUUCGGUGCCCCAUACUCCCGAAGCACCCCCCACAGGACACGGUCGAACGCCUUCUCCGAGUCCACAAAACACAUGUAGACUGGUUGGGCGAACUCCCAGGACCCUGCCAAGGGUGAAGAGCUGGUCCACUGUUCCUAUCCAGCACCCCUGAAUAGACCUUACCAGGGAGGCUGAGGAGUGUGAUCCCCCUGUAGAUGGAACACACCCUCCGGUCCCCCUUUUUAAGAAGGGGGACCACCACCCCAGCCUGCCAAUCCAGAGGCACUGUCCGCGAUGUUGCAGAGGCGUUUCAACCAGGACAGCCCUACAACAUCCAGAGCCUUGAGGGGGGAGGGGCGUUCCUCCCAAUCACGCCCUUCCAGGUCUCACUGUCAUUACCCACGUGAGCAUUGAAGUCCCCCAGCAGAACGAUGUCGUCCCCAGCACCCCCUUCAAGGACUCCAAAAAGGGUGGGUACUCUGAACUGCUGUUUGGUGCAUAGGCACAAACAACAGCCAGGACCCGUCCCCCCGACCCGAAGGCGGAGGGAGGCUACCCUCGCGUCCACCGGGGAGCAAUAAGUAUACCCACACCUGCUCGGCGCCCCUCACCGUGGGCAAAUCCAGAGUGGAAGAGAGGACUGGUACCAGAGCCCAAGCUGUGUGUGGAGGCGAGUCCGACUAUAUAUAUAUAUAGUUGGAACUUCCUUCCCUGCCAGAGAGGUGAUAUUCCACGUCCCUAGAGCCAGCUUCUGUAGCCGGGGAUCGGAUCGCCAAGGCCACCGCCCCUGACCCCUAUGGUCCCUCCCACAGGUGGUGAGCCCAGGGGAAGGGGGCCCCAUGGGUGCAGGCCCGGCCACCAGGCGGUCGCCUUUGAGCCCCACCUCCAGAGGGGGGCCCCGGUGACCCGCGUCCGGGCAAGGGAAACCUGAAUCCAUUUAUUGUAUUCGUUAUAGGGGUUUUUGGGGCUGUGCUUUGUCUGGUCCCUCACCUAGGACCUGUUUGCCAUGGGUGACCCUGCCAGGGGCAUAAAGCCCCAGACAACUUAGCUCCUAGGAUCAUUGGGACACACAAACCCCACCACCUCAAGGAGGGGAUUAGAAGAAUCAUUACAUAAAAUUGUCAUGUAUGACCUUAUAGAAUGGAUUGUCACAUCACGCACUUCUGGACAGACCCACCAUUUUGGAGGUUGACGCAAUGGUGAAUUUUUGCGCGGUGUUAAGCUGCAACAGAGGUAGGAGGGACAAAGUCUUCACCGUUGACCGGUGCCUAUUUCGAACAGAACAUUUAACAAGGAAAACACCGAGAUUGUUGGCUGUUUUGUAAAAUCAAAGAACAUUUUUAUACCGCCUUUGUUUGAAUACGCCUUCAGGUCAAGGCGAGAUGAAAAGAUGCUUCCUUUGUAACAUGGGAAAAGACAGCACUGUUUAAAAUGAAUUUGAUUCCACUUUUCCUAACAGAUGUACAGUAAGUCUCCAGCAUGAAGCGAGUUUCUGAAGAUGGACACUCCUUCGAUCCAUGUGUGCUUGUCGUAUAUAUUUCAAUCAGGUUGAAAGUGAAAGUUAUGUUGUUUUAGUGCUUCAGUUAACAGUGUUACAGCCAUUGGUAAAUGCAACAUUACAAAAUACAUAAAUUGGUUUGGUGCCUACCUAUUGUCAUGAAAAGGAGUGGCUGAGCUAUCCUAAACAUAAAGAGUAAACAUUUAUAAUCAUCAGAAAGUCACAUAUUGGCACUGACAGGUGGAAACCCCCAAUGUCCAAAUUUCGUCUAAUAUUUUUUCAUAAAUCUAUAGUAUUGGACAAUCCCCAUGUGGGUCUGUUAUGUAUUUUUUGUAAAUAAAUUAUUGAUCAAUCAAAAGUGUUAAAAAUGGCUCUCUUACGAUGCAAUGUGAAUGACUCAACUAAUCAUGCUGUUUUGGGGAGUUUCCUGAAAAGUGAAGGAUUUGGCCUGACGCCAGCUAUAUGUUGUUUUUGGUGCCUGUCUGCCGGGUUGGUGAAGGAGAGGAAUUAACUUUGCAUUGUGAAAGGCGCUUAAUGAAGUUCGGUCCAUUUUCCGUCAUUAAUUUAUGGGGGCAGGUCUGCAACAUCCAAUAUGGCGGACAUUGCUGUAUUGCAGCAAUUGGCCAACCUGCUCAAUGAAGCAUCUAUUUAUAUGUCCAUGAUUGACUGACUACACAGUUGACGAAAUAAAUCGAUUCAAAUAUUUUUUAUGCCCAUCCCUGAUAAUGAUGCACCUAUUUUCUUAACUUUGUGUCUUUAGUGCAUCAAGAACCUUAUUGUAUUGUUCUGCUAUUAUCAGCUGCACACACCGACUGUAAAACAUAUUUUUUAACACUACAUGUACAAACUAACCUUCCUGUAUUGAAACUGCUUAUUUGUAGUGUGUUGAUUUGAUCUGAUUAAAAUGUGUCGUGUGCAAGAAA